AUGACGGGGACAAUGUGGUAUACGCUCGGGAUUUCGUCCUUUGCAGCUAUUGGCACGUUUGUGUUUGGCUUUGAUACCGGCAUUGCUACGACGACAAUCGCACACCAAAGCUGGAUAGACUACAUGGACAAACCAUCCAAGGGACUCACCGGGGCCGUGGUUUCUGUAUACAUCGCUGGCGAGGCAGGCGGAGCUUUGACCCAAACUUUCAUCGGUGACGCUCUCGGUCGAAUUCGCUUCUUGCAGUUGAUGUCCGUGAUUGUCACCAUCGGCACCAUUAUUCAGACUGCUUCUCAAAGCAUUGGCAUGUUCCUGGCUGGUCGUGUGCUGGCUGGAUAUGCUGUCGGAGGGAUGGUUGCAACAGUUCCCAUCUAUUUAUCCGAAAUCGCUGCUCCCAACGUCCGCGGCCUGAUUGGGGGUAUCUCAGGAUGUGGGAUAUCCCUCGGGACAAUGGCCUCCAACUGGGUCGGAUUUGCAUGCAGCUAUGCUCCAUACGGCCCUGUUCAAUGGCGACUUCCACUGGGCAUUCAGAUUCCUUUCGGCAUUCUACUGUUCAUCGGUCUAGCGACCUUUAUGCCAAACUCUCCCCGUCAAUUGAUCCGCAACGGCAAGAUAGACGAAGCACGCCGCGAGUUCAUGAGGAUCAGGAAAGAUCUCACGAACCACGAAGUGCACGAGGAGUUUGUACUCAUGCGGCGCCAGAUCGAGUUCGAACAACAGAGAGAGGUCAAGAGUCUGCAGGAGGUCUUUAAGCUGUUCAGACACAGAGCUCUUACAUCGAUAGCAGUGCAGACCAUGACCAGUCUCACUGGUGUCAAUGUCAUUCAGUACUACCAAACAAUCCUGUUCAAAUCCCUCGGAAUCAACAGCCACAUGAUACUGGCCCUCGCCUCCAUAUACGGCACACUCGCAUUUAGCUCAAAUGUUCUCACUACGAUCUUCAUGACCGAUCGAUGGGGUCGUCGAAAGAUGAUGCUUGCCGGGCUCUCGGGCAUCGUGUUGAUCGAGAUAUACACGGCCGUCAUGCAGCGCGAGUUUCAAAACACAACCAACAAGGUCGGCAAGGGCUUUGCUAUUCUGGGCAUCUACUUGUUUGUGGUGACCUACUAUGGCCUACUCAAUUCCACGACUUGGCUGUACGGAUCAGAGGUGCUUCCUGUUGCUCUACGGUCGAAAGUGAUGGGUCUAGCGGCCGCGUCGCACUUCAUCGUCAAUGUCGGGAUCACCGAGGCCGGACCAUCGGCGUUCGCCAAUAUCAAAGAGAACUACUACUACGUCUUCGUCGGAUGCUCCUUCUUCUUCCUUGUCGUGGCCUACUUUUACUUCCCAGAAACAAAGAAGAAGACUCUCGAAGAGAUCGCCGCCGCCUUUGGUGACAAGGUCGUCUUGCUGACCGAGACCGAUCUCGCGGUCGAGAAUGCGGUCAUGGAGGACAAGGGCGGCGCGGUGCAGGUGGAGAGCACCUCAACAGAGCCAUCCAAGGUCUGA